AUGAUCCCCACAUUCCUCUUCGCCCUUGUGCCCCUCGUGGCAGCAACGUCGUCCUCGAAACGCGGUCUCGUCUUCACUCCCAACCCCAAUUGGCCCCAGGACAACAAGGUCUGGGUCCAACAGGGCUCCGACCUGACAUGGUACUACAACUACCAGGAGAUCCCCAGCCCGGCCUUCUCGUCAAUACCCCAGGACCGAUUCGAGUUCGUCCCCAUGAUGUGGGGUGUCUCGUCCAACCCUGAAGACACUACAUUCCUCAAGAGCGUCCAGAGCUUGAUCGACGACAAGGGCAUCAACAUCACCCACGCCCUAGGCUUCAACGAACCCGACGGGCCCACGCAGUACGGCGGCAGCAACAUCGCCCCUGCCGUCGCCGCCAAAGCCUGGGUCGCCAACUUCAUCCCUCUCCAGGAGCUCGGCGUCAAGGUCGGCUUGCCUGCCUGCACCGGCGCUCCAGGCGGGCUGCCGUGGUUGAAACAGUUCCUGGGCAACUGUUCUGAGAUUAUCAGCGCGGGGGGGGAUAAGAAGAACUGCACCUACGACUUCCUCCCCGUCCAUUGGUAUGACAACUUUGCCGGUCUUGCCAGCCAUAUCGGCGAGCGCGUUGCCAAUUUCCCCGACACCAAGAUCUGGAUCACCGAGUACGCCUACGCCAACCAGGAUCUUUCCAACGCCCAGGAGUUCUACAACAUGAGCGCCGACUACUUUGAUCGCAUCGACUACAUUGAGCGGUACUCCUACUUUGGCGCCUUCCGUUCCAAGACGAGCAACGUCGGCCCUAACAGUGCUUUCCUCAACAACGACGGCAAGCUUACCGACAUUGGCGCAUGGUACCUGGGAAUGAGCGCUACCGGAGUCAAUCCCCAGUCUGGAAGCAACAGUGCUGCAGCCCGAGGCAGCGCCCCGAUUCUUGCUGCGCUGGCAGCAACCAUUGCCGGUGUUGCAUUCACCCUCACCUCAUGA